UAUGCUAACAGCUGUAUGCUAGCAGCUGCCCUCCAGCCCUGCCGGGCCCUCCGGCCCCUGAGGACCUUUAAACUUUAAAGGGACCAACUGGCCGGCUGGGUGUGUCCCUGCUGCUCCUCCAGACUCAGUCAGCAGCCAGACCAGGACCUGAGGACAUCCAGUCUCCUAGCUGGUACCACAACUAACUCAGACCAGGACCUGAGGACAUCCAGUCUCCCUGCUGGUACCACAUCUAACUGUAUCUUCUUCAUAAGAUCAUCUCAGGACUUCUGAGGAUAUUUCCACGUCUCCAAGCCUUCAGCUCCUUUUCUCCUCAUCAUGGGAGCAUUCAUCGCCAAGCUGCUCCUCCCCACGGUGAGCAGCCUGGUGUUCCUGCCCAGCGCCAGCGUGGCCGCCAAGAGGGGCUUCCACAUGGAGGCCAUGGUCUACUUCUUCACCAUGUUCUUCACCGCGAUCUACCAUGCCUGUGACGGACCAGGCCUCUCCAUCCUGUGUUUCAUGAGAUACGACGUUCUGGAGUACUUCAGUGUUUACGGCACGGCUCUCUCCAUGUGGGUCACCCUGAUAGCUCUGGGAGACUUCGACGAGCCGCAGCGCUCCAGCAUCACCAUGUUCGGGGUGCUGACCAUCGCGGUGAGGAUCUUCCAGGACCGCUGGGGCUACGGGGUCUACUCCGGACCCAUCGGGUCCGCCGUCUUCAUCAUCACCGUCAAAUGGCUGCAGAAGAUGAAGCAGCUGAGGGCGGUGUACCCAGAGAAGGCGGUGUACACGCAGCAGGUCGGGCCGGGCUGCUGCUUCGGGGCUCUGGCUCUGAUGCUGCGCUUCUACUUUGAGGAGUGGGACUACUCCUACGUCCACAGCUUCUACCACCUGUCUCUGGCCGUGUCCUUCGUCCUGCUGCUGCCCAAGAAGAACCGAUACGCCGGGACGGGACGCAGCGCUGCCAAGCUCAGCUGGUUCGGGCUCUGCUGCUGCUCCAUGUCUCCUGGCUCUUCUAAGGAGAAGACAGACAAGCCGAAGAAGAAGAAGAAGUCCUCGUUGGGGACGGUGUGGACGGUCCCCACAGAGCGCUGCAGCACCCCCAUCCUGCCCCUCUACAGCCCCCCCCCCUCCACGCCCGUCAAAGGGACCAGCAUCAAGCAGCUGAAAGAGAUGAACGGCUGGAAGUGA